UAUGUGUAUAUAUAGAGUUCCAAAACUCACCUCUCCAACACAAACUCAUCAACACAAAAACUCCAAUAGCUUCUAAUUAAAGACAUUUAUAGAUACUAAAAGAGUAAUUCAUACUAUCUAUACAAAUGGAUGUGGUAGCAAGAUUAGCGUCGCAAAGAGCAGUGGUGAUAUUCAGCAAGAGUACGUGUUGCAUGUCUCAUGCAAUUAAACGGCUGUUUUACGAGCAAGGCGUGAGCCCGGCGAUUGUAGAGAUCGAUCAAGACAUGUACGGGAAAGACAUCGAGUGGGCUUUGGCCCGUUUAGGCUGCAGCCCUACGGUUCCUGCGGUUUUUGUCGGAGGGAAGUUCGUAGGAAUGGCCAAUACUGUCAUGACUCUUCAUCUCAAUGGGUCAUUGAAAAUGUUGCUCAAGGAUGCUGGUGCUUUGUGGCUUUAACACUUAGUUGAUGUUCUCUUGAGUGUUUUAUAUUACAUAUCAUCUUUACUUUGACCUUCGAAAGUCUCUUCACUUUAUGUACGUUUAAUUAAAGCAUAUGUGAAGAACUGCUUUGUAUGUCUAUGUGGAGGUUGAUUUAAUGAUUAACUAUAACCCAUUUUGGACAAAUU